CACUGCUGCCACUGCUGCCCCUUCCUAGCUGGCACCAUGGGCUCUGCUUCCUGCUUGACAAGGGCCCGGCGCCUGCUCCGCAUCCGGAACCAGCUGAUGCGGGAGUGCCUGGCCGAGCUAAUCUCCACCUUUGUCCUCAUUACAAUCACCCUGGGUGGCGCCGCACAGAAGAUCACCAGCGAAGAGACGAAGGGGAACCUCCUCACCAGCUACUUGGCGGGUGCCCUGGCUGUCAUGGUGGGCAUCUACAUAGCCGGGGGAAUCUCUGGGGCCCACAUGAACCCGGCGUUCUCCCUCGUCAUGUGCCUGACGGAGCAGUUCCCCUGGUGGAAGUUUCCCAUCUUCUAUCUCGUGGAGACCUUGGCAUCUUUCCUAGCUUCUGGAGUUGUCUACAUCCUCUACUAUGAUGCCAUCUGGCACUACAGCAACGGCACCCUGACCGUGUCCGGCCCCCGGGAAACCGCCUCCAUCUUCGCCACCUACCCAGCUGACUACGUGUCUGUCACCAACGGCUUCGUGGACCAGGUGGUUGGCACUGGGGUGCUGAUACUGGGCGUCAUGGGCAUCAUGGACAACCGCAACAAAGGUGUCCCCAAGGGCCUAGAACCUGUGGUUGUGGCCAUGCUGGUGCUCUCCAUCGAAUCCUCCAUGGGCGCCAACUGUGGCUGCCCCCUAAACCCCGCGCGGGACAUCGGGCCCCGGCUCUUUACCUACGUGGCAGGUUGGGGCCCGGAGGUCUUCAGCAGGGGCAAUGGGUGGUGGUGGGUGCCCUUGGUGGCACCGCUGGUGGGGGCCGCCGUGGGCACAUACCUGUACCAGCUCUGCGUGGCUUUCCACUACCCGGAGGAGGACGGCGAUGCCCUGGAAGAGCAGGGCUCCAUCGUCCUGGUGAACAAAAACAUUGAACUCGACACUGGGGUGUCAUCCAAGGAGGACACUGGGGGGACAGUGCCUGCCGGGUACCCCCCGCCACCCAACACCAGCAGCACUGUCCCCACUGUCACUCCUGUCACACUAUUAAACGAGUCUUGA